AACCCCUGACUUAUAGAGACCGACCGAUCUGUUUGAUAAAACGCAGUUUGUUGACUUCCUCUUUAGUUCCAUACAGCCCUUCCUCUUUAGUUCCAUACAGCCCUAUCUCUUUAGUUCCAUACAGCCCUUCCUCUUUAGUUCCAUACAGCCCUUCCUCUUUAGUUCCAUACAGCCCUUCCUCUUUAGUUCCAUACAGCCCUUCUUCUUUAGUUCCAUACAGCCCUUCCUCUUUAGUUCCAUACAGACCUUCCUCUUUAGUUCAAUACAGCCCUUCCUCUUUAGUUCCAUACAGACCUUCCUCUUUAGUUCAAUACAGCCCUUCCUCUUUAGUUCCAUACAGCCCUUCCUCUUUAGUUCCAUACAGCCCUUCCUCUUUAGUUCAAUACAGCCCUUCCUCUUUAGUUCAAUACAGCCCUUCCUCUUUAGUUCCAUACAGACCUUCCUCUUUAGUUCAAUACAGCCCUUCCUCUUUAGUUCCAUACAGCCCUUCCUCUUUAGUUCCAUACAGACCUUCCUCUUUAGUUCAAUACAGCCCUUCCUCUUUAGUUCCAUACAGCCCUUCCUCUUUAGUUCAAUACAGCCCUUCCUCUUUAGUUCCAUACAGCCCUUCCUCUUUAGUUCCAUACAGCCCUUCCUCUUCAGUUCCAUACAGCCCUUCCUCUUCAGUUCCAUACAGCCCUUCCUCUUUAGUUCCAUACAGCCCUGAGUAUGUUGUUGAUUCACUGGACCAGUGUUACCAUCUAAACAGCUCAAUGUAG